AUGGUAGAGAUAAGUCUGAUCGCUUCAAGUCCAAUACCACUGGUCGUAAGAAUAUCAGUACUAGUCCUAGGUAUAGAUUGGACCAAAGAUACUGAAAAUUUUGUAAAUGUGCACGUUACAGACUUCACACCAGCUCAAGGAGGUGUUGAUCUAGAGAAACAGUUUAGUGGUGGAGAAAUAAUAGUUUAUGAUAAGGUGUCAAUUGAUUACAUAUAUACCAUUAAAGUAUCUAAAUCGGAAAUCACCACAAUAGCUUCUUACUUAGAAGUUGAUGAUUUGAAUCAUGGGUCUAGCAUGGACUUACUUGACAGAGUAAUAUGUGCUAGCGUGGAGGUACAAAUAAAUGAAGAUCCUUCUCUUCUAAGGGUAGGGACAUUGGUUUUCCUCGAAAAGAUCAGUUCUGAUGAUUUAGGUGUCAAUAAGGGAUUGAAGUUAGUUAAAAGAAUCAGAAAACACAUCCCCCAGUUGGCACACAAGUUACCAAAAAAGAGAAAGUUGGAAACACUGUUAUUUAAGCCUUCUAAGAUACCCACUGGCCAGAGUCUAGCCUUCCAUAAUUAUGGAGAUAACGAGACUCAAGCAUAUUUGAGUAAGAAUAUCGGUUUCGAAGACGCAAUGGGUAAGGAUUCAAGUGACGAAGAAAAUGGAGCUCUUGGUGAAAGAUCAUCAACGUCUUUAAACAUCGAUGCAUCGAGAAUAUUAUCCCAACCAAAAGAUGCAAGAAAAGUAUUGGAAUUUGCAAGUCCGUUCCAGAAACCUGCACAUUCGAGUCAGUCUAGUGAGAUGAUACUUGAUAGUCAAGAAAUCCCUGAUAGCCAACAUCAAAUAGAUAGUCAGCAUCAAAUAGAUAGCCAACAACAAAUUUCAGAUGCACAAAAGACUAGUCCUACAUUUCAUGAAUCCCAAAACAGACCAGGAAGAUUAGAGACUUUGAAUAGUCAAAAUUCCCAAACCAAAGAACCUUUAAGACAACCUCCCACCUCACUGGAAAAGAACUCCCUGGAAGGUAUUUCCCUCGAUAAGAGCAUUCUUUCAGCAUCAAGUAACAUCGCCAGCAAAAAAACCAUUUUUGAUGAUUUUGUCAUUAAUGUCAUCACCCUUAACAAAUUGUUAAAGGUCCCCGAUACAUUAGAGAUGAUAAACAAAAGACAUAUCUUCCAAGUCAAAGGUAAAUUAAGAAUGACUGAGCCUUGGGAGAAUUUCAUGAUCAAGCCUUUCAAGAGAACAUUCAAAUUAAGUAACUUUAAACUAUUUUUGAUAGAUAACGACAAAUACCUUCCGCUUGAGUUCUCCGAUGCAGAACUAUGUAAGUUUUUCAAAAUAGCGGAAUUUGAAGAGUUUCUAGUUGACUACGAUAAUAUUUUGAAAAACCUCCGCCUCCUCAUGAACAACAGAUUCACUGUGAAAGUAAGUAAAAGAAUAAGAGAAUUCUCUGGGUUUAAGAAUUCCUAUUGGACUUGUACCAAUAACAUAUAUGAAUUAGCUUCACAGAUAUAG